UGCUCUUCCAACACGCACACACGCACACACACACCAGCACACGCGUGAUUGCUUGAUAGAUCCAUCGAGAAGGAACAACCCUGUUUCCCGCUCAUUUUUCCAAUCGCACCAAAGCCAACUGCCUCCACUCCCUCACGCGUAUCCUCUCUGACUGGCAUCGUUGCAACGCAUACACAAGGUGUUACAUUACAACGUCAACACUUGAAGUGCCCUCCCUCCCAUCAUCACUCCCUUCUACCUCAGCAAUCUCCUUCCUCCGGCAUCCAGCAUCCACUCACAAGGCCUCGGCUCAUCAUCCGCCAUCCUUGGUUGUGACAAACAAGAAUACAAUCGCCACCCACCGCCCCUCGCGCCCUUUCUUUUCCUCUUUUCUCGUCGCACCCUUACCUUCUUGCGCGAAGCCUUCCUUCCCCUCCCCGUUCCCUUCCAAGCAUUGCGUCCCCUCGCCACCGGCUCGCGUGUCUUCCUCGUGAUACCCAACCACCUGCCCCAUCACAAGACCAGAACGAGCCGGCCACAAGCUGUCAGACAAGACCAGACGAUUGACAACCGCAAGAGCAACGACAGCAAGCCCCACCAAGACCCCAUUCCCAUCGUCGCCCUUUCUCCCCCUCCCCUUCUCUUUAGUCUCUUUCCUCGCCACCACCGCCGCCGCCGCCGCCACCACCCGGCUUCUUUCCCAAGAUCGCCCAGCGCAGCAGACAGACAGACCAACCAACCAUGUUCGUGGUGGAUGUGACAGACACACCCAGAACGCUGCAUGCGUUGCAUGCCUGUAUCCUGGAUUCCCAGGCCUUCAGCAAGAGCACGGCCUACGUGGUUGGAAACAUCUCCAGCUUAAACCCGUCGCGGCGCGCGCUGAUGCGCUUCCAAUGCUUGCUCUGUGAGCUCAUCAACUCCAUGCCGCCGCUGGAUCGGCAGCUCCGGGCGUUCAAGCGCCUCUUCCCCACCGCCAUGCUUGUGUCGCGCUGCGCGCUUCCACACGUCGACACAUCCCUCUAUGUCCUCGUCCCUUUCCCUACCCCAUUCCCAAUGGUGCCUCCGUCCAUGCCAACACCAGGAAUGAUGCAGAUGAUGCCUCAACACCCACAGCCACCACAACAGCAGGUGAUGCCUCAACCCCCACAGCCACACCAGCAACAACAACAGCAACAACAGUUUGCGCAGGCGCUACCAUGGACUCCAUUUUAUCCGGCCAUGCCUUUCACGCCAGCUACCGCACCAGUCGCCACCACUUCGUACACUUCCACAACUACAACGCCAACUGCGACAGCUGCAGCGCAGCAGAUGAUGUUCACGUGGCAACAACAACAGCAGCAGCAGCAGGACUGCAACGACCUGGGACGUGGCAACGCCGCGAGCAACAACAGCAAGACCAACCCGCAGCAAGGACCGCGUGCCGUGCAGGUGAUGGCAAACGCACGGGAAAAGAAGCAGCCCAAGAGCAAGAGCAAGAAGGCUCGCCGCAAGGGUGCAACGACGAAGCACAACAACAACAACAGCACCGCCGGUAGCAGCAGCGGGAAGGCACACAAGAGGGUCCUGAGGGUCAGCACAACAUUGGCACGGUGUCCUCGCCGCAAAGCCAGCGAGACCAGCAUCAGCAGCAGCGGGUCCACGACGGCAAGCUCUUCUUCUUCCUCCUCCUCCUCCCUCAUCAGCACCUCGACCAACGCUGUUUCAGAGGAGGCUGGUCUCACUACUGCAGCUGAAACAAAGGAGGCAACCACAGCCCCCCACUGCCAGAACAAGCAGAAGCGGAAGCAGAGCAAGAAGCAAAGGAACGGCGCCGGUGCCAGCGUCACGCACAGCAGGGGCCAGAGAACAAAGGGGAUGCACAUGCACAACAGCACAACAAAAGCAAGGAGUGCGCUGAGGGCAGCGGUCAUCGCCGAGCACGGCAGCAUCGGCAACAGGAAGGAUGGCAUGGCAAGCAUCCUCAGCACCAGCUUCGCCACAACCAGCAGCAGCAGCAGCAGUAGCAGCACCAGCCUUGAAGCCGCACCCACUACAACGAUUGUUGCUGCGCAACACACGCACACCAAGAAGGAGAAGCGCAGCAGUGGUAACAAUACCAGCACCAACGCAAGUCACAAGAACCCCGGGUGUGUUCGGAGAGCCGACCUUGCAGCAAUCUUGUCUGCCACCGCCUAGUUGCUCAACCAGAACCGGAGAAGGGAAUCCUUGGAAGAGGAUUGCACCAUGGAUGCCCUUCUGCCUUUGUUCUCUUAAGGCCCUGCGUUCUUCCCUUCUUCGAUUGGCCCUUUGUUUGGUUCGUAUUUGUUUGGUUUGUUUGUUGUUGUUCUGCAUGCUUUCUGUGUGUGCAGGGCUAAACACGCCAAUCUAUGGCACUGCGUGCUGUGUUUCAGUUUCGGUUGCACGUUUUGAAAUGCCGCGGCAUUGCUGUUUGUCCUGUUGCUAUAUUAAACAUAUUUCUGAAUGAUUCCAUGUAUCAAUAAUGAGCCGCGAAUAAAAUAAAAAAAACAAGC